AUGGAAGGAUCAUCAUAUCCAAGCUUUCGCAGCCAGGCACGCUUCAAAUUAAGGUUGACAGCAAAGUCUAGAGAAACAACAGUAACAUAUCAGGCAAGACCGAAGACAAAGUAGGUUCCACUCAUCCGCCAUCUUGCUAAACCGAAAUUUUGUCAUCAAAAUAAACCAGCUGGCAGAGGGAAAGUAAAAUUUCUGAGAAACUUUGAAAAGAAAAAGAAAAAAAACCUGCCAAAACAUGAAGGAAAACUGCAAAAGUCACGUGACGUAUUGUUCCUGCUUAGUUUCCAAAACACGUUUCCGGCUCGCUUAGCAGUCGAGUGAAAAAACUGUGAAAACAUCCGGUGCGAGAAGUUUCCUGGACUCCACUAACCUCGUGUGUGUGACUUAUUAUGGCGAACGCAAAACUCUUCGUCUCUUGUGCUUUGGUCUUUGUCAUUUUAACAAUGAGCUACUCCGAUGAACAAUGUGGAGAUGUGCAAUUUGUAAGCCCUGUAGAGAACACGUUCAGCACUUCUGUCAACGACUGGCUGAACAUGACCAUCAGGAUAAACACAGGAAAAUGUUCAAAUCCAUCAUUCCUCAUCACCUUAGAGAGGAAGAAGAAGAAAGAUCGCCCAACGAUCGUUUGUCGAAUACAUCACAACCAGACCUCGUGCUAUAAAACAGGUAAAGAAGCUGUGUACUCAUGUCGCUGUGUCAGUCCCUCAGGUCCUGUGGAAUUCCGGGAAAAACUGGUGACACCUGGAGAUGUGGAGUACAAGUGGAGAUGGACUGAUGUCACUUCAGGAAUGGGGAGCGAGAAAACUAUAAUUGUUCACGUCACGAGAGGAAUUGCUACAGGUAACGAGAACUACAAACAUGCCAUGACAGAUACGGUUUUUCCUUGGGCAUUUGCAGGAUUCCUCCUUCUUCUUCUCAUUGUGUUCGUUCUUUUUCACUCCAGAAGCCUAAAACAGAAGUCCUUGGGCAUCAACAAGAAUGUCAAACAUUUUCAAACAGCAAAAUUCAUUCUCGUGGGAGUUGGUGGACUCUUAGUGGUUGUUGCUGUCGUUAUUUUUUUUGUUAGUUGCCAGUCACCAAGAUCCGUGAGUGGAGAUGUGAAGAUUACAAGCCCUGUGUCCAACACCGUUAACGUGUCUGUCAAUGACUGGCUCAACAUGACUUUCACGCUGAACACAGAGAAAUGUUCAAGUCCGGCAUAUGUUAUCACAGUAGAGAACAAGGAGCAGGAUCGUCCAAUGAUUAUGUGUCGAAUACAUCACAACAAAACCUCGUGCUUUACAACAAGUAAUGUAACUACGUACUUCUGUCGCUGUGUCAGUCCCAGAGGUCCUGUGGAAUUCUGGGAGAAGCUGCAGCGGCCCGGGGAUGAGGAGUACAGGUGGCGAUGGACUGAUGUCAACACAGGGAAACAACACGAGAAAAAGAUAACUUUCAUUGUUGAAAAUCGUCCGGCUGCAGGUGAGGAGAAUAACAGCCACCAGCUACCAACAACAAUUAAUUUUGUCCUCGGUGGUCUUUGCAGCCUCCUAUUUAUUGUUGUUGCUAUUGUUUUUCUCAGACUUAGGAAGCGAAGGCUGUCGGGUGAGUGUCACAAUGUUACUAAUAUUCACAAUUAUGGUUGUUAAUACAGUUAUACAAGAAGCUUCUUAAAGUACAACAUGCUGCAAGUAUUCAAAGUUUGAAAUGUUCUGGUUUUAAUUUUCUUAUCUUUGAACAUUUUCUGUCAAUACCAGUUUCUUAAUCGUUUGUUAACUAUCAGUUGAUCUGUAUAUUGACCUAUCCAUCUGUCUGUAUGCUAUUAAAAUGUUCUCAUAUUUCCUACACAGCAGGUAUUGUUACUUUAUUGCUGCUCUUCAAAUCGCUCAGCAUUUCUGAACAGAUUUUAGAAAUCAUUGUUAAGCAGAUAAAUACAUCAAACACACAUAUAACAAAACAUAAAAAUGCUUGAAUGGCACAGAAUCAAAACAACAUGAGUGCACUCACCAGGUUCGUUCCAUUUUAUCAGAUAAAAGCAAAUGUAAAAUAAAAUGAGGUAUUAGUGGAAGAACAUAAAACAAAUGUACAUGCCAAGCAACCAAAAAAAAACAACAGUAUUUAAAUAAUAUUCUUGACUUUAUGUAGAAUUGUAUUAAUAGAUGUUUUAAUACCAUCUUCAGUUGACAAUAAAUGGUGUGUUUAAAGGGAAGAAAGUUACAAUUUUGUGAUCAACAAUAUUCCAAACUGUUUGUUGUACAGACAUACCACGUACAUUGUCUCCCUUGUGUAGUGUCUGUCAAACAGUGAAGUGAGGAGGAGAAGGUAGAUGAUGAAAUUUUAGGAUUGUAGUUGUAAGGGGUUUAAAUAUCAAGUCUGUCACGGUCAGCUGGACAAAGGAAUUUACUCAGCGGCCAGACUGCCAUCUGUUGGAAUGUGGAUUACAGGAACCUGGAUGUUACUGAGGUCAAGUAUGUCGGUCUGUGUAGACAACUUCGUCAUCGCUCAUUGAAAAGUGUCUCAGCUUAUAUGUAGGUUUGUGGAAACAUUGUGAAAUAUUUUAUUAACAUUGUGAAACAAGCACAAUGUUAAUACUAAUAAAAAAAAAUAUAAAAUUCCUGGCUGGCACAGAACCCUGCUGUGUUUACUACAUGCGCUAACUGAACAUGUUGAUCAGAGUGAAUAACAACACUGGGAAAUAAUGAUUUAAUUUACAAUUUAUAUUUUCUCCACAAUAUAUUUUAGAAUAAAGUUUUUCCCUAACAAAGCUGGGCGUACCAAUAGGGUCUCUCUUACUUGUUAAGCCAGAUGGUAACUAUGUAAUUAAGGUUUAAUCACAAUCCUACCUCCUACCCAAAUCCAGUUUGAAUAAGUAGCUAGUAUUUAGUUGUACCACUGUAUAUGACAUAUUUGUGACAUGGGUCACGUGUAUUUAGUGGCUAAAGACUACGAGAUAGCCUGGUGGUCAAAGUCCGUGGCAGAGCUGAGAAAGAUAUUUUAAAACCAAACCAUUCAGCAUGGCGAGGCUGUUCACUUGUGUAUAAAUGCAUGUACAUGGCGCGCACCUUCACUCACACUGAUAAAACAGCCUGGACACCUUUCAUCUUCUGAAAGAGCCCACUACAGCGAGUUUACAGAGUCUGUGUCUGCACGAGUAUUGAUGCUGAUCCGUUAUUUUUAUACAAACCAUAAGAGACUAGAAAACUGAUUUGAUUAAAGGUCUUUUUUUAAACAUGGAAUGAGUGUAUGUACAUUCAAAAUAAAACCGGUGAAACACGAGUUAUAGCAACACCGCUAUCUUAUUCCAUUUUAAGACAUUUCAGUAAUAAAUUCAAUUGAUCAUAGCCACGGGUCUGAUACUCGGAAUUAACAAUGUACCAAAUGUUUGUGAUUUGCAGCUCCACCAACCACUACAGACCCUACCUACAGACUCGACAGACCCUACCGUACAAAUAUCUCUACAGCUGACUACUCGGCAUGUCAGUCCUAGGUGGCCAGCUGAAUCAAUUAAAAAUAAAAGUUUACCUGUCCAGAGUACUCAAUGGAAGAUGUUCACACUGAUUUCGUUCACAAGUCGUUAUAACACGGUCAUUCAAUCUUUCAUACCCGCACAGGUUCUCCGUCUGUUGCGUUCUUUAGACAAGCCGCCAUCACGUGACCCGGGACAGGAUGUGCGACAGGACAUUUGCAAUGGGGAAGCUCAUUGUUGCUCACAGGCUCAUCUUAUCACCCCGACAUAGGUUGAGGCCUGUCAUGAUAUACACAAGGGAUGCCCGGUAGUCUAGUCCUUCUUACUCCUCGAGGAGGAAUAAAAGUUAUUUAUACAUUAUAUACAAACAUAUAGUUCCAAAAAUAUGUACUUUAUUAGAAUAGAUAUUAAAAUUUAAAGAUUACUCAAACUGAAACAUUUUUGCACAUUUUCAGAGAAUUAACUGUAAUUAUAAACUUAGUCCCAUUGACCUUUUAAUAAAGCACGUUUACUUUUACUCAUUGAGCUAGAUAAACAAUCCACACUGUUCUUCACUAACAAAUCUCUAUUGAGCAUCCCUUGAAUAUUUCAAGAUAGUGUGGGAAGAGAAUUGACUUGCAAAGUAUAGCAGCUGACUAAUAUAGUUUAUUGUUUGAAACAAUGUUUGAGAUAGACUGAUCAAGCUUUUUAUUUUCUUUAUUCCUGUGCAUGUAGCAUAAGACAGACUGAAUACAACUUCUCGUAUACGGAUAUCAAAACAGGGAAACAACACGAGAAAAAGAUAACUUACCUUUUUGAAAGUAAGAACUGAUUAUAUUCUUUUGAUUUAAAUCUGAUUCGGAGGUUUCCGAACUGAUUAUAAAGUUGUUGUCAGUCGCCAACAAAGACAACAGAUAAGGGGAGAUAACGUCUUCACCAUCGUCGUCCACUCCAGUAACUUCUCAUUGUGGUUGUUCUUUAUCUAGCAGAAGCCUAAAACAGUCCUUGGGUAGGUGUCUUUGUUGUUGAUAUGGUUGCUGUUAUAAUUAUAUAAUUAGCAAUUUUGUAUUGAUAUAUUUUAGAUUUUAAAAGUUUUUUCGUAAAAAGGUGUUUUCUAUAUUUUCUUUAUUUAUGUAUACUUUUAUCAUAAUGAGUAUCAUCCCAUUAUCAUUAUCGUCGUCGUCGUCCUCAACAACAUUAUAUUAUGUUUUAACAGCAUCAUCACUACUAUUUCUGGAUAGAGUUAUGCAACAAGAUUGGAAAUUAUCUUUAUUCACCCCGUUCUAAGCAUUUGAUCAAGUGAUAUCUAGUGAAAAUAUAGAAAUUCCGACAUUUCAAGUCGAUGCACGAAUCAACAACACAGGAGCAAUAAAACAAUCAGACUUGUCCGUGUGUCAGAUGACUGCCGAUGUAAGUAGACAGAGCGGUUACUCCGGCCCGAUAUCUUUAUGUGAAACAAUGUGGCAUAGACACAAUCAGUUUCACAGGAAGUUUGCUCUUGCUGCCACAGAGGUUUUUAUAGUGAUGACAGCGACGACAGCGAUGACCUCUGUGCCCAGAACUGUGUGCUUGCCUUACAAUGUCCUUCCAAGAAACACAAAUACAAUCGCUGUUUGGGUUGUCGUUUGUUAUUUCCUUAUUAUGUGACUUUUACGAGUCUACUUUUUUCAGAAUUCUCUCUCUCUCGUAAAGUAAGGGACGUAGUUGUGUUGUCUUUAGUCUUUAGUGCUGAAUGUAUUUUUAUCAAUUAUCUACAAACAGUCGGAGCUUUGUCGACAUCUUUAGUCCCGGGAGGUUUUACUUUUCCACGAACGUAUCUGAUGACCUGACAAAAUUGUUGACCUCAUGGCCAACAAAAAAAUUAUUCGGUCUUGUGUAUUCAUAUUCAUUGUCAUCAGUACGAGCUGUUCAGAUGAAAACUGUGGAAAUGUGAAGAUUGUCAGUCCUUCCAGAAGCUCGCUGUACACGUCUGUCAAUGACUGGCUGAACAUGACUUUCAGGUUGAGGACUGACACAUGUACACAUCAGACAUACAUCAUCAGUGUGGAGAGAAAAGAACAAGAGAACCCAGUGAUUCUUUGCAGAAUUCAACACAACAAGACAUCCUGCUUUCUUGCAGGCAGCUUCACCUACUCCUGUCGCUGUGUCAGUCCCUCAGGUCCUGUGGAAUUCUGGGAGAAGCUGCAGCGGCCCGGUGAUGUGGAGUACAGAUGGAGAUGGACUGAUGUCAACACAGGGAAACAACAAGAGAAAAAGAUAACCUUCCUUGUUGAAGAUCGUCCUGCUGCAGGUGAGAUGAAUAACAACAACCAGCUACCAACAACAAUCAAUUUCGUCCUCGGUGGUCUUUGCAGCCUCCUAUUUGUUGUUGUUGUUAUUGUUUUUCUCAGACUUAGGAAGCGAAGGCUGUCGGGUGAGUGUCACAAUGUUACUAAUAUUCACAAUUAUGGUUGUUAAUACAGUUAUACAAGAAGCUUCUUAAAGUACAACAUGCUGCAGUAUUGAAAGUUUGAAAUGUUCUGGUUUUAAUUUUCUUAUCUUUAAACAUUUUCUGUCAAUACCUGUUUCCUAAUCGUUUGUUAACUAUCAGUUGAUCUGUAUAUUGACCUAUCCAUCUGUCUGCUUGCAUUAAAAUGUUUCCUACACAGCAGGUAUUGUUGACUACUUCAUUGCUGGUCUUCAAAUCACUCAGCCUUUCUGAACAGAUUUUAGAAAUCAUUGUUAAACGGAUAUAUACAUGAAAUACACAUAUAACAAAACAUAAAAAUGCUUGAAUGGCACAGAAUCAAAACAACAUGAGUGCAUUUACCAGGUUCGUUCCAUUUUAUCAGAUAAAAAUCAAUGUAAAAUAAAAUGAGGUAUAUGUGGAAGAACAUAAAACAAAUGUACAUGCCAGGCAACCAAAAAAAAAACAGUAUUUAAAUAAUAUUCUUGACUUUAUGUAGAAUUGUAUUAAUAGAUGUUUUAAUACCAUCUUCAGUUGACAGUAAAUGGUGUGUUUAAAGGGAAGAAAGUUACAAUUUUGUGAUCAACAAUAUUCCAAACUGUUAGUUGUACAGACAUACCACGUACAUUGUCUCCCUUGUGUAGUGUUUGUCAAACAGUGAAGUGAGGAGGAGAAGGUAGAUGAUGAAAUUGUAGGAUUGUAGUUGUAAGGAGUUUAAAUAUCAAGUCUGUCACGGUCAGCUGGACAAAGGAAUUUACCCAGCGGCCAGACUGCCAUCUGUUGGAAUGUGGAUCACAGGAACCUGGUUGUUACUGAGGUCCAGAAUGUUGGUCUGUGUCGACAACUUCGUCAUCGCUCAUUGAAAAGUGUCUCAGCUUAUAUGUAGGUUUGUGGAAACAUUGUGAAAUAUUUUAUUAACAUUGUGAAGCAAGCACAAUGUUAAUACUAAUAUUAAAAAAAUAUAAAAUUCCUGGCUGGCACAGAAUCCUGCUUAUUAAAUGUGUUUACUACAUGCGCUAACUAAACAUGUUGAUCAGAGUGAAUAACAACACUGGGAAAUAAUGAUUUAAUUUACAAUUUAUAUUUUCUCCACAAUAUAUUUUAGAAUAAUGAUUUUGUAUCUUAAGUUGUAUUUUUUCUUUGCCGGUGUUGUUUUAUCAAUAAUUUUAUAAUCGGCUUCCGAGAUUAAUUUACCGACCUCUCGUUCGUCGUGUGAUUAAUACUUAAAGGUAAGUUUUUUUCGUUUUUACUUUGUUUGUUAGUAGGAUAGCUAAUGUUUUUGAUAAUUACUUUAUUGUACAGCAAUAAAUAUGUCUAUAAUAUAUUAAGCUUAUUUAAAGUACAUGUCAUGCAUUUAGUUCAAGUUUAUUUUUUGUAAUUUAUUUUUCAACAACAGGCAUCAACACGAAUGUCAAAAAUUUUCAAUCGACGAAAUUCAUUCUCGUAGGAGUUGGUGGCCUCUUAGUGGUUGUUGCUGUCGUUAUUAUUUUUGUCAGUUGCCAGUCACCAAGAUCCGUGAGUCAGAGUCGGUAUUGCCGAAAUAAUCUACUGGGGACUGAAAAUAUUCUGAUUCUUAGACAGAUGGAUUUGUUGAAAGAUCAAACAGUAUUUGGUGUUCAUUGACCCUUUUUCUAUCUUUAUCUUUGUUAUAGAGCAUUAGCUAUGUACAUAUAUAGAUGCAUUUUCUGGACAAAGUGUAAGAAUUACUGUAAUAGCGCAUGCCUGGUAUAAUCAUGCAAUAUCAUAAAAUUUCCGGUUGUGCCAAUAAGUGAAUCCAGUAAUUAAUUAAUAACGAAACUGCCCAUGUGGAAGUUAACUACAAAAGCCUUUAGAGACAGACCGAGAGCUCGGUGACCUUCUGGCAAACAAUGUGACAAUGAAAACACUCAGCUUCCGCUACAGAUGUGCUUUGUCUUUCUUCUUCACCCUGUGGAUAUAAUUAUAUAACCCAAAGCGAGGAUUUUCAUUUAAAUUCUACCAUCAGUCAAAGAACUGAUUGACUGCGGCUGUCAUG